AUGAACGAGAUGAAAGCCUUCCAAAGCUUUUCGUCACAGCAUGGUGACUUCAUUCACGACAUGAGCUUCGACUUUUAUGGCAAGCGGCUCGCGACUUGCUCGUCAGACCGUAAAAUUAAGAUUUGGGAGAUCAUCGAUGGGCAGUGGCAGCUGCAGUACGAAUGGACGGCUCACCAAGCCAGUGUGUGGAAAGUCUCCUGGGGCCAUCCAGAGUUUGGCCAGAUUGUUGCAUCGUGCUCGUUCGACCGCACUGUCAUCGUGUGGGAAGAAUCGCUAUCGAAACCUCCGUCAAUUGCCCCGCCCCUCGCGCAUGGCUCGACAUCUCUUACUCAGCUUCACUCAGAGAUGGGUCCGUCGCAGUCGCAGCCAUGGACUUUGCAGGCGCAACUCACCGACUCACGCGAAUCCGUCCAUGACGUCAAGUUUGCACCGCGCCACUUGGGUCUUCGCUUGGCCACCGCCUCGGCCGAUGGCUACAUUCGCAUGUACGAAGCGGCAAAUCCGAUGAACUUGUCCGAAUGGACUCUACCUGAGAACUUUUUGGCGGACCCGGAAGGCGCCACGUGUCUGUCGUGGAAUUCCAGUCGGUUUGACAUCCCCAUGGUGCUUGUUGGCGGCAAUUCCAAGACGGCCAAAGUGUGGGGCUUCACCGUCGAGAAGCAGUGGCAUGUCAUUGCUGAGCUCUCGGGCCAUGCAGACGUCAUCCAUGACGUGGCAUGGGCGCCUAAUCUCGGCCGAUCGUGUCAUUGGCUCGCCACGGCGAGCAAGGACCGUACAAUUCGCAUUUGGAAGCUCAAGGUGAACCCAAAUCGCCAGGAGCAGAGCGAAAUCGUCCAAGUGACGUCCAAAGAUCACGGAGCGUUCGAGGUGUGGCGAGUGCAGUGGAACGUGACUGGAACCAUGCUCGCGUCGACCGGCGACGACGGCACAGUGCGCAUGUGGCAGAAAGACUACAAGCAUCAGUGGCAGUGCGUGAAUAUGAUCAGCGGCGACUUGGCGUAA